ACUACAACUCGCAGUGACUUCAUAAUGACGUGGCCCGUGUGACCAGGAUCGAUAUCCCCACACCGAUCUCAUUUUUUUCUUCGUUUCUUGUUGUCUUGGAAGCACGUUGUUGUCCAGCAUUGACGAUACAACAAAAUAAUCAAGAUGAAAGUGAAGUUCUUGAAUGGGGUGUUGGCCUUGGCCUGUUGCGUGGUUCCUGUGGUGGGCGCGGAUUCAAUUCGAGGAGGUAGCACUCGAGCUGCCGCCAAGCCUCUGGUUGGUGCUGCGACUCCUGUCGAGCCAGUUGAAACAUUUCGUCGCAAGAAGGACAGCGUGAACUUUUUGGCGGCUGAUGUUGCAAGGGUGUUGAAGGUUUUGAGGGCAGACAAGCAUGACCCUACGGUCAAUGGCAUGUUUCAUUCCGAGACGAGGCCCACAUUUGCCAUCACUUGGAAUCACAAAAUGUGGGAGGAACACACCUCUCGGUGGCGCUUUGUCAACUAUUUCCUUUACUGGUACAAGAGUGCUUUGCUGAAGAGAGUAAUCCCUCAGUUGAGUUUCCUCAUGCUUUGGACAGCGGCCUCCCUCUACCUCGCAGAUCAUACCCAAUUCAUGCAAAUCAAUUUUCCAAUGACAUCACUGUCUUUGGUUUCUGGUUUUGUGGCUUCAUUGCUGGGAGUGCGCACAGGUCAAGGAAUGAGUCGAUUGUUGGAAGCACGACAAGCCUUUGGAAAGGUCGUCUUCUACACUCGUGAUAUGUCCAGUCUUGUGUCCAACUUCAUCUAUGACAAGGACCCCCAGUUGGCACUCAAGUUGGCCCGUCAUUUGGCUACUUUUUCUUGGCUCCUCAAGAACUUUUUGCGGGGCCAGGCCGUCACCGGAACGGAUGAAGACCUUAUUCGAACCAUGAUCCCCGCCAAGGCUGAUGCCGAUUACAUUUUGCAACAGCGCAAACUCCCAGUUGCGGUUGUGAUGCGUCUGCGUCAGGCGCUCGCUCACUGUACACACAAACACCUCUUGAGCACAGCGGAAGAGAUUGCGAUUGACCACGCCAUCCAGUCCAUGGACUUGUCCAUUAUGGUUACAGAACGCAUUAUUGCUUCUCCCAUCCCUCCGCUUUUCACGUCUCAUGCCGGUCGUUUGAUGGUCUUUUACCUUACCUUUUUGCCAAUUGCACUAAAGGGCACCGGAGCCAUGAGCUCACUUGGAGUUUUCCUCACUGUGUUGGCCGUGGGAUACGCUAUGUUGGGUAUGGAUGAGAUCAGCCACCUUAUGGAACAACCAUUUAAGGUUUGCCCACUUUAUGAUUUGUGCCGAAACUCCAUGCGGGACGUCACGGAUGCUUUCUUCAUGCGGCCACCCCCCUUGAAUGACAGUCUUUCUUCGUAUCCCGACAUGCAUGCUCCCUACUGGAUCCCAGGAGAAGAAUUUGAAAGCACAGACAAACUGUUGGAUGCUCCCAAGGGCAGAGCAGUUGGACAUCACAAAACUGGAGGAAAGUACUCCAGCACGAUGGAAUUGCUUUAGAGAGAUAGAUAAACGAAUUCUCUAGAAGGUUUUGAUUUUGCACACUG